AUGGCUCCCUCGACCACUUUUGCAGAGACGGUCAUGUCACCCUCUCCAGGCCCCAAGAGAUCAGCAACCUCACUACUUCCUGCCUUCGAACCGCUAUCUUCGUCACCAGCCUUACCGAGACCCCUCAAGCGAAACCGAGAUGCACUCGACGAGAGCACGACCUACCCUACACCCGUCCCUACUUCUUCCACCGCUAUUUUAUCUUCCUCGCCAGUACAUGUAGCCAAAUCCCGGCCCAGCCUUCACAGGACUUCUUCUACCCUUGCUGAACGUACUCCUCUCGGUGCCGUACCCUCAAUCCAAUUACAAGCCGACGGCAAGGUAACGCGUAUGGGAAGAUCCAGCGCUUCUUGCGACUAUCAAUUCUCAGCAAAUCGUCUCAUAUCCAGGGUUCACGUGGAGGCUUGCUACAAAGCUGCGGGUUCGCGUCUGGAGCGUGAUCGUGUGGAAAUCACGUGUACUGGUUGGAAUGGUAUUAAGAUACACUGCAAGGGACAGGUGUACGAGGUUAAGAAGGGAGAGACAUUUUCGUCCGAUAUUAGGGACUCGGAAAUCAUGAUUGACGUUCAUGACAGUCGCGUCGUGGUGGAUUGGCCUCCGAAACCUCACCUCGGCGCCUUCUCGUCUGAAGACGAGGAGGAUGCUUCUCCUGCGAAGCGCAAGCGCGCCAUGUUGCGCCAUUCAACACCGCCCAGCCCAAGUCCAAUGCAAGUUCGACGACGACUUUCUUCUCCUAUAUCCCCGUCUCCUGCCGUACAGGCCGUAAUGCCUUCUUCACCGCCACUCCCUCCAGCUACCGUCGAAAUAUAUGAAGACCCUGAACCGACCAACGAAAGCAGUGGAACGGUGACCGGGACUGAAAUGUCACAGUCAACACAGGCACUGUCGCAGAACUGUGGACUCGCGGGAACCACUCAGAACAGUGCUUCGUUGUCUGCUGAAGAAUUUUCCGACAACGACGAAGAGAAUGAUCCCAUCAUUCAUUCUUUCGGACCCUUUGGUGCAAACCUACUGCCACGUAUGGCAUCAGUCUCCGCUGGAGAUUCGCACCACCCAAGUGAUUCUGCAACGAGUACACGAUCUUCCCACACAGAACCCCUUCCUCCCAGCGAAGCUUUGAGCUCACCGAAAAAGAAAGAUCCGGAAUUUGACGCGCAAGGCCACAUUAUUAAUCAGCUCGCGUUUUCGAGAUUGUCCUCGACCCCGUUGUCCACCAUUUUAAGCCACCUUCCCCGCGAGGCUGGUGUUUUGUCCCUCCAUGAAAUCAGAAAGCUCAUCCGUGAAACAGCGUGUAUUGGCGAGGUUGCAAGAGAAGGCAAAGACGCCGCGGGUAAACCGCUGGAAAGCGAAUUUUAUUACAUCCCAGAUGAAGAUGAAGAUGAGAAGAGAAAGGAAGCUGUGGUCAAUGAUUUGCGAAAGCCGGGCUUACGAGCUUGUCGCAAACAGCACAAGCAAUAUUUCUGGCGGAAGCCCAAAUAG